AGAAGAGAUCGUGGAACUGUACGGACUGAUAAUUUUAUUGGUGUAUUUUGGUUUAAAAUGUUCAAUUCGUAUUAACCUCGCCUUUUAUUUACCGUUUUGAACGAUACUUCAGGUGCUCUUUUUUGUUUUCGUCUCAGCAAGUGAAAGGAAGUUCAGUGUCUUAUAGGUCUUAAAAAGUAAGAAAAUAUAAACCUUUCAACAAAACCUACCUGCCAGAUCCGAUCUUCCUUCAUAUUAGAAACGUAAAAAUAUCUUCCGUUACUAAAUGUCAAGUGAACUGUAGGGAAUGACGUAGCGCGCGCGUGUGUGUGCUAUUGAUUCAGUACAAACAGACGAGCCUUCACCAUCAGUGUGAGGCGGACGUUGGGAACAUCCAGCCUCACUACACCUGGUAAGCAGGUAUUCUACUGUACUGGGAAUUAGUGCUCAGAACACCAGCGCUGGAGAAUGGCUGUUAACGAAGCAGCUUAGGCGAGACUGUAUAUCUUUCUAUACAAGAGAGAGAGAACCCUUCCUUAACUGUUGUUUACUAUGCGCUUUCACUCCUGUAUUGAAUAUUCUGUAUCUUUACAUAGAUUGAGACAAUAUUUAUUUACCCCCUCCAACCCCCAGCUCAUUUUUCCAAUCACGUUCUGUUAUUAGAAAAAUAGGAUAAUGUUUGAGACCUCCUUACGAAAAUGUUCGCGUCUUGAAAGAAACUUUUUAAGCAAUAGAAUUGAGGAACGAACCAACUGAGUAUUCCUUUACUAAGUUGUGAAUUCCUCUCGGUUUUCUUUAUUUUUCAAACUGGUCUUGGUCCAUGCUCAGAAUAUUAUUGUUUGUAUUUGAUGUUUUGCCAAGAAAAGAAGGAUAUGUCAAUUCGAAAGAACGAUGUAUCAGUUUUCAAUGAUUAUUAGAAAAUUUUUAAGUUAUUAAGAUACUCUAAAAGUCUGCGAUAUUUCUUUACAAGCCGUAAGAUUGUACAUCUUUACUAUAAUGUUAGACUCUCGUAAACUACGUGUAGGUGGAACAACUGGCUCCUCUAUAGGUCAGGAAGAUCUUCCGUCGAAUACAGGAUCUGUCAACACCAUGAUAACCACUCUAACCAUGGUAACAGCUAGUUCGGAAACAACUUCUCGGCAAGAUUUAUCGUCAUGGAAAAUAUCAGGGCCAAAAUCCGCUGACAGUAUAGUAACCAUGGCAACAACUAUUCCAGAAAUGUCUUCUCAACAUUAUGUUGCACCUUGGAAAAUGCCUGAAGCAAGAUAUAUUGACAGUUUGCAAGCUUCAGCAACCGUAGUAGCAACUAGUCAAAAAAACAAUUCUUUAGUUCAACAAGAUAUACCGUCAAGUAAAACGUCAGGAACAAGACCUAUUAACAGUAUGGUGGCCGUUGUUUCCAGUAAAAAACAAAAAUCCUGCGAAAUUUCAUUAAAAGACGUUGUUGGUGAACAAAAGUAUAAAGAAAGUUUUCAUUCAGAGGAAUCUAAACAGCAAGAAUACCCUAACAAUCGGGUUUCUAACUUUACGGCAACGUCUAGUGUGUCGAGUUCCACUUUGCCGAAACCAAGAGAACAUAUGCACGCACCAAGGGGUUACUUUCUUCGACAGGAUUUGGAACUCACUUCUAAUUUUCCACAGAGAAGACAGCGACAGACAGGAAACACGGUUUCUUUACCGUCAAGUGCCCUGGGUUCUGAACCUGUUUUUUCUACGAACGCAGAUUCACGUAGACAAGACAGUGUGAAUAUUAAGAGUUCAAAGUGUAUUGAUUCAUAUACAUGUAUUAAUAGCUCACCCUCACACGAUCAAGAAGAUCUUCAAACUCAAAAGAAUUAUUGUUCGAAUCCCGAUUAUCACCAAACCUCUGCUUCACAAGAAACCACCAUGUAUGAAGAAGACAUGCCUGUUAUAAUGAGGCGACGUGGUUUGAUGAUGCGUGUGAGGAUUGUUAGUGUAGAUUUUGAUAUACCCUCUGACCCAACAACUCAUUCAUCUCUACCUCAAACACCCCUUCAUAACCAGGGGGAGCAAGGAUCUCACUCACCAGCACUUUCGCCGCGCCAUCAGGAUCCCACUGACGUCUCGCUUCUCUUCCCGCGGAAAUCUCGUCCUUUCCAAAGACAGGCAUCAGAGGACAUGAAGGGACGACGAGAAAGUUUGGCUGCUCUUCCGAGCACACACCUUACUGUUGGCACUCCAGGUACCUCGGAAACAUCCAACUUGGUGCGGAUGCGCAGUUCGUCUAUGGGCCAAUCAGCGCCCUCUCUAUCUUCCAGCAUGAAAGAGCUUAACAUGCCCAGAAGAGGAAGCCGGUGUGCGACAAGAAAACCCAUUAUAAGUAGCACGUCGCCAACAUUACCCCGUUGUCACUCGCCAGUUUCUCACUAUAGCCCAGUAGAAAGUCCGCGAAACCUGUCUCCCUGCCAACAGUUUCUGUUUGCUACCACCAGGAGAGGAGAAGGCAGAAGAUGGUCCCUUGCUUCUCUUCCAUCUUCUGGAUACGGUACCAACACUCCAGGGAGUUCCAACGUUUCAUCUCAGUGCUCCUCCCAAGAAAAACUUCACCCCCUUCCUAGUCAUCCUGCCAUAGAUGAGAGGCGCCAUCUAUCAAGGUUCAGCAGCAACGAGAGUAACCCCGGUGUGGAAGAAGAUGGUCGCAGAUCACCGCUGAUGAGGUCAAGAUCUAGAAGUUUAAGUCCAAUGCGGUCUCCUGGUAUGGAUAGCGAUAUCAUCCUUAUGAACAGUGUUUACAAAGAGAGAUUUCCCAAGGCCACGCAUCAGAUGGAAGAUAGACUGGAGAAGUUUAUUGAAGAUGGUCAAGAACUAGACCCGGAUCUUAACUCAGACGCUGUCACUCGCUUCGCUCACUUCCAAGUCAUUGAAAUGGCUAGAGACUGUUUACAGAAGUCAAAAGAAAAACUCGUGACAUCGCGCUACUUUUAUGAAAUGUCUGAAAACCUCGAGAAACUGUAUUCUGAGUGUCGUGAGAAGUCCUCCACAGCAGCUGGUCAUAUCAGAAAUCUAAUCAAGAAGUUGUUGCUGAUCGUUUCAAGACCGGCUCGGUUACUGGAAUGUUUGGAAUUUGACCCAGAAGAUUUCUACAGAUUGCUAGAAGCCGUGGAAGGACAGGCUAAAGUGGCUCAAGGUGUCAAAACAGAUAUCCCACAAUACAUCAUUAACAAGUUAGGCCUAAACCGAGAUCCACUUGCUGGUACGUUAUAUGCUGUCGUUUUGUUAAUGUUCCUGAUGCUGGCAUGUUUGAACUUUUCGCGAUUAGCAUCAGUUCCAGAAAAACAAAGAACUAAACCACCUUCUGAAGAGGAUUUUGAAACAAUCAAAUUAAUUAGUAAUGGAGCAUAUGGCGCUGUGUACCUCGUGCGGCACAAGGAAUCCAGAGAGAGAUUUGCGAUGAAGAAAAUCAACAAACAGAAUCUUGUUCUACGGAAUCAGGUAGAACAAGCUUUCGCAGAGCGAGACAUCAUGAGUUUUACUGACAACCCUUUCGUCGUUGGCAUGCUCUGUACGUUUGAAACAAAGAAACAUUUAUGUAUGGUGAUGGAGUAUGUGGAAGGAGGUGACUGUGCUAACUUGUUGAAGAACAUGGGGCCUCUACCUCUAGAUAUGGCGCGCUUUUACUUUGCAGAAACAGUAUUGGCAGUUGAAUAUCUGCAUAGUUAUGGAAUUGUCCACAGAGAUCUUAAGCCUGAUAAUCUUUUGAUCACUGCUAUGGGUCACAUAAAACUCACAGAUUUUGGACUCUCCAAAAUUGGACUCAUGAACUUGGCAACCAAUCUUUAUGAAGGAUGUUUGGACCGAGAAACUAAACUGUUUAAUGACAAACAAGUGUUUGGGACACCAGAAUAUAUAGCACCAGAAGUGAUCUUAAGAAGAGGAUAUGGAAAACCGGUGGACUGGUGGUCUAUGGGAAUCGUUCUUUACGAAUUUUUAAUUGGCUGUGUUCCUUUCUUUGGUGAAACUCCUGAGAAAUUAUUUGCACAUGUGAUCAACGACGAAGUCGAAUGGCCGGAUGAGGAGGAAUGGAAUGUUCCGGAAGAUGCCAAAGACCUCAUCACUCAGCUUCUCCGUCAACAUCCUAUCGAUCGCUUAGGAACUGGAGGCGCCCAUGAAGUUAAAGAACAUCCUUUCUUCGUCAGUAUGGACUGGGAGUCCCUUCUUCGUCAGAAAGCAGAGUUCGUGCCUCAACUUGAUCACGAGGAAGACACGAGUUACUUUGAUACACGAGCUGACAGGUACAAUCACGAAAUGGAGGAAUCAGAAGAGCUGGAUGACACUGAUGAGAGUUCUUUGUUUAGUAGUUUCUCUUCUUGUUCCCCACAGUUCAGGAGAGUUUACUCCUGUUUAGAGAAGGAGUUGGAUGAAGAGAACUUGUUGAAAUUAGCCAAAGAAGAAAGCGCUCGCAAAACCGGAAGCAACACUGACCUAAACCAAUCGGAAAACGCCGAAACAGGAAGUUCUUCCUCUGGUGAGGCUGCUAACAGAAAAAGUGCCUCAACUCCUGACUUAAAUAUUAGCCAAGUGUCACCACGACACUCACCAUCUCGUAAACUAAAAGAACAUAAAAAUAAACCCGCUGAGAAGGAGGACAGAAAGUUCAGGCGGAAGGAAUUAUUACCUCAGUUGUCGGUGAGUACAGGGAAAGUAUCUUCAGGUGUCUCGAUUUCUUCCAUUGGGCACAAACCACCACCAACCCAACCACCAGGCAGUGAAACUAGUAUUGCACAGGACUGGAUGAAACUUAAGAAUCACGUCACUCCACUUCCGGUAUCACCACAUAUUCCAAUCCCGUCAACAUCAGCUUUACCUGUAGGAACACGACAGAAAGAACGCUGGGUAACGAAAUCGGCAUCGGCUUCCGGAUUAUCAUUAAUAAUAUCGGAAGCUCCCACAGAUGAAACUGUAUCUCAGCCUGUAGCUCGUUCUCCCGGUGGUUCCAGCACAAGUUCACGAGAUACUUCACCUAACAGAGAAACGAGUCCAUUGGUUCCACAGCUAAAACCACCAAUCAUAAUCCGCAAAGGACCACGUGGAUUUGGUUUCACAGCUCGAGCAAUAAGGGUGUAUUUUGGGGACUCGGAUGUAUAUACUCUUCAGCAUUUGGUGUCUGCCGUGGAUAACAAUGGGCCAGCCUUCGAGUCAGGACUGAGACCUGGUGAUCUGAUUACCCAUAUAAAUGGAGAACCUCUUCAGGGACUGGUCCAUCAUCAGGUUCUUCAGCUGAUCUUGUCAGGUGGAGACCGCAUCACUAUUCGUACAAUACCGUUAGAAAGUACUACCAUAAAAACCGGAGGUCGUAAGAGACACCCGUCUUCCAUUAAGAUGGUUCGCAGGCCAGUUGUACGGAAGCGUUAUGGCCAAGGAAAGAGAGAUGCACAAUCUGAUCGUAAGAGGAGAGCCACGCUUUUGAGGAGGUUGAGUAAUAAACGAGCUAGUGCCGACUUGCAGCAUUUAGUUUCUAGAUCCCCUCCUAUGUUGACCACCAGCCACAGCCUACAGUCCUUGAGUAGAGGGGGCGAGAUUGCCCCAGGAUCCCCAACACGAAAAGGUCCACGAUCUCCACCGGCUAAUAGACUGUGUUCGACAUCCGAGUCUUCCUACUCUGCAGGAAACUCUUCCGGAAGCAGUUCUCCCAGUUCUAGUGUCCCUGGUUCUCCAGCAGGAACUGCUCAGUUCCAGCGACCAAGCUCUCUUCAUGGUCUUAAACACAAGUUGAUUCAGACUUUCCGCUCUCCUCGUCGGAAAUCAGUGGGGCAUGUGCCCCUAUCGCCCUUAGUUCGCACACCUUCCCCUUCUUCUUUGCAUUCAACUUCACCUAUACGAUCACCUUCUCCUUUGGCCUUCCCCUUGGCUCACCAUCCUGCUACUACAUCACACAAAGUCACCUCUGGAAGCACUCUAACCCCCACCAGUUCAGGCAAAAAGAUUUUCAUGCGACCAAAGAGCGCUGAGCCUGGUUCUCCACUUCUUAGACGUGCCCUUUCACCUGACCGACUUCAUUCCAAGUCAUCCGACGUCAAGUUAAAACAAGGUAAACUAAAAAGGGAGUCGUUUAGUGGGCACACUUCUUCACCUCUUGCUCUUUCCUCGACUCCUGCCUCAAAUUUCCAUCACCACUACACUUCAGCUGGUUCCUCCCUUGUUUCAAAACCUACUGCUCCCCUUUCUUCCUUUUCGCCCAAGAAGGUUUCCAUUAUUACAACUGAUAGAUCUCAGUCAUCAGCGUCAAACGGAAUGGUAGGUAGCUCAGAGACUUUUACUGAUAAACAGCAAGAUGAAAACAUUGGAGUUACAUUUUCAUCUAGUCAUUCGAAAGACCUUGGCGAACAUGGACGAUCCGGUUCUGUGCGUGAGAUUCGUGGGGAUACUCAACAACUUUAUGGCUCUAAUGUAAAGCUUAAAACAGUAGUUGAAAGAAGUAUGGAUAGUUUUGAAGCCGAAGAGCAACCUACGCCAUCUCAGGUAACAAAAAUUUCGUUAAGUUGUGACUCCAAAGAAAGAAGAACAGGAAUUCGAGAACAAGUUCUUCCUGUGCUAAUUGAAGACGCCACUGUGCCACCCGAUACUGCCCAUCAAAGUAAGGAAGGAGAAGAGUUAAAGCUGCCACCUAUUAACGUUACCAUGUACUUACCUGUAAUCCCACGUGCAGUUGACCAGAAAACAGCUGUCGCAGAGAAGUCGCCAUUUUCGUCAGUUUCCAUCACUACAACAAAAGAUUCAGCUUCACGGGCCACCUUCUCAGGUGAUAUCCAAAAUAUACCGGUUCAUCCACCGAAGAAAGACGACAUCUCAACAGUCAAACCACCAGACGUUACUAAAGCAUUACAUGACACGCCAAUAAAAAAAUAAUCGUAAUUAUUCUGGAACUAUUAAAUUAUUUUUAAUUUAUCCAUUGUACGUGUAAUAUGUGCUUGUAAAUAUCAAAUUGCUUCUAAAGUAAAGCCAAAAAGUUUACGCUUUUGGUCGUUUUGGUUUAUUUUAUAGAUGAUGGCGAUUUUUGAAAGUGUUUCCCUAUGUAAUGACUGUUGGUGUUACCAUUGCACGUGUUAUGGCUAACAGAAUGUACUUGUAUGCUUAGCUUAGUGUUUGACACAGUAUGAUAUUCUAUAUAUUUAAAGUCUGAUCUUGUAAAUAGAUGUGUGAUAUGUUGUAUAUAGUAUAUUUAUUUUUUGUUUAUUUCUGUUGUCGUUUUGAAGAUUCUACGCUACUGAUCUUUGCUUAUUGUAACUUUUGUAGCAGUAACUUAAACAAUACUUAUUAUUCUAUAACUAUUUUUGUUCAAUAAGUUUCCAUUUCUGUUCUACUCUUCGUCUUCCACUUGUGUAAUACUUCUAACAUUUCUACAAGUAAGAACGAAAAGUUCCUCGCAUCGUGCGUACUUAGUAUAAGAUAGAAACUUAGUCAUUGAAAGGUAUAUCAGAAAAUUUAAAAUAGAAGUGGGGGAGAAACUCGAAAGUUAUAAAUAAGACGAUCGAUUUCUACUUUUGUUAUCAACCUUUAUUUCUAUAUAAUAAUAUUUACGUGAAUAGGUUGCUCUAUCUAGAAAAUUGUAGAUCUUUUAACUAGGUACUCAGUAGACCGCCACUACUGUAAAUUGAAAUGCUUACAGCAAGAAUGUCGUAGAGAUUUUGUGGUCAAAAACAUGGUAACUGUAUCACGUUAGAAAAACUGACAUAAAAAGUAAAAUAGCAGACAAUAAAAGUAAGAAAAUGUACCUUAGGGCCAUUGACACAUUUUAACUGACUAAUUGGACUUGGUUAAAAAAUGUGAAUAACUCUUAUAUUAUUUUAUUAUAAGUAGUUUGUGGUAACAUGCAGCUAAAAGCAUGGACCAACAAAGUUGUGUUUGCUUUACCACAAACAGGCUAUGAAUGUGAUUAAAUAAAGCUGUCAGUGCCCACUUCAGUCAUGCUUAAUUCAUGUAAAACAUUUUUUUUUAAUCUUUCGUAAUAAUACACUAUCGAGAAGAUAUUUCCUACUCUUCUUAUCAAGUUAGGAUAGGCUUAACUCAUGCUAAGCCUACUUAGUGUGUUGUUACUUUUAUGUAGCGUUUACUUAUAGGGAAAUCUCUCGUUUUAUAAAUGACUUAACUCCAAGUAAGUUAAUAGUUAGUUCAACGACAUGUUUUAGAUCAAAAAUUGUGACAACAUACACGUAGAGUAUUUGAGUCUGAACAUUAGCUGAUCAUGUCAGUGUGUCAUAUGACAUUUUAUAAUGUUAUGCUAUUUUAACAACAAACUGUCUGUUACAGUUUCAAGAAUGUUUGUCUUGUGAUCAAAUGUUUGAGCCUAUUGAGUAUAGCUAUUAUUGGUUUUAGAAGUAAAUUUGACUUAGUGUCAAACCUCUGAAAUGUUAAAAACCUAUUACUGCUUGCACUGCAUAUUAUAAACUAAAGUCAUUCCUUUUCUACCUCAGUGGAAGAUUUUAUUUGUAGUUUAAGCAACAUGUAAAUGUUUUUAAUAUUUAAAAAAGGUAUUCAAGUAAUAUUCAUGACCCCGUUUUCAUGGCUUUAGCUUCUGUGUGGUAUAAAUGGAAAAGUACAUUGCCAUAUUUGUCGUCAUAUGGCCGCAAAUCAUUGGAUGAAUGUGUCACGGCUAUGACGUGAUUGUAGUUGACAAUGAAAGUUUAGUUUAAUCUAUUUCAUUUAUGGUUGGGUAAAAGACAGUGAUAUUUGAAAAACAAAGCUGAAGCCACGGGAUAUUAGUGUUCAAGAAAAACAGCAAAAGGAGGUGGGUAUUCUAGCUUGUCAGUCAAAAGUGAAAACUUAAACGCAUCUUCUACGCUUGUCUAAAUAUUUGAGCGUGAAAGUUCAAAUGGGUUUUUUUAACUCCCAAUUAAAUUAUAGUUGAGAGACUGAUCCAGAUAUGUAAACGUAUCGUGACAGCAAAGAGAGCAAAGUUCAUUGUUUUUCUUUGAAGAUCUAUGUGUAAACAACGUAUUGUUGUUAUCCACAUCUUUUACAGUACAUGUGAAAAUGUUCCCGGUGAACAGUCACGUGGUUUGGAAGUUUUAGGUGUAUGUUGAAGUUAGUGCUUUUGUGUGUAACGCUAUGAACUCAAGGUAUUUUGAGUUGUCGUAAGUUAAAUAUUUCAGCAACCUUAGAUUAGAUUUUCUGUUUACUUAAACAAUAUUUUAUAAAUUGUAUUGGAGAUAGCUCUUCUUACUAAAAUUUUAAAAAAUGUGUUAUUUCAAGUUACCUUGUUAAAUCCAAUGUAGAUGGCGCAUCUUGGUAAUAGUUGAUGAACUUUACUCGAUCGUGAAAUGUAGUAGGUGUGUUUCUUAAAUGUAAAAAUAUUGUUCUUGGAAAACUAGAUAAAUCUAAAUGAAGAAAACACUUCACAAAUUUUGAGAAAGCAUUCUGUUUGGGUGAAUGAUAUUAUAAUUAAUUUUCAAACGAUUAGUUAUACAAAUGCAUGAUUUUCAUUUACGUAUGUGCUUAAAAUUGUUAAUGGUUAUGAAAUUGUGAUAUUAUUUAUUUUCCUGAAUUCAUUGGAUAAUUAUGAGUUUAAAGCCAUGUUUUUCGAACUACUGACUGAUUGUUAGUUGAAAGAAUAUUGUAAAGCAAUGUUAUAAUCGUUAUGUAGUAUUAAUGCUACCGCUAGAGGGCGCUUUGAAAAGUUUAUGAAAUGGUUGUUUAAAAAUUAACCAGUGUUUAGUGAGGCAUUGUAGUAACAGUGUGUAAAGUACUGACAAAGUUUUUAAAUGUGUUAAAGCCACAUCUAUGGAAUUAAUAUAAAAUUUCCAAAAUUUGAAAUACCAGUGCUUUAUCUAUGACAUUAAAUGUCAUUUUUAAAUACUUGUAUGUUUAUGUCCAAUUUGCUGAGAGCUGCCAAUCAAGGUACUGUGUUUAAAGGUAGGAUCACAAGGUUAACAAGAUUUGGAAAGACUGCUGGUUUAAUUGGUUAUGGUACUUUUCCGUAGUUUUUCGUGUUUUUUUUUAUGUGUAUGUUUCCACGUGGUACAUGUAACCGUUAGAUCGGUUUCUUUCUAGCUUCUCCUUGGCCUAUUUUCACUAUUUAUAAGGGGCCGUGCGUGCCCUGGUGGUUAACGUACUGUUCUGUUGGCCAGAUAAUUCAUGGUUCGCAUCGCGUUGAUUUUCUUUGCGAUCGUAAAUGGGUUAGAAGAGUGGUUAUGUAACAUCACUAUUCGAUUGUAGUAGCCUAAAAAGUUGUCUGUGGGUGAUUUUAACUCGCUGUUUUCUUUUCAUUUGACUAAUUCAAAAUUAGGGCUAACUAACGCAACUAGCCCUUGUUUAGUUUUGUGCAAGUCUUCGAAACAAACCAAACCAUUAUUUAUAACAUUUUUGUCUCGUCGACUUUAAUUUGUGGAUAUCAAAUUUGUUCUUUUUGUCAGUUUUUCUUUUAAUUUUGACAAUUAAGUCCUUAUUCUCUGCCCUCCAUAGUCUACUGAGCUGUUAUUUACUGCACACUUUCUACAGUCCUCUUCUGGACUCUCAUUGCCAGUUAUCUCUCAACAUUCUUACUUUUCAUUUUUUUCAACUCGCUGAAGAAAUGCUUUUUCAAAUGUUGAUUUUUGUCUAUAAUAACUUAUCUGUUAUAUCCUCUCUGCGUGGCAUACCUCGGCAUUCAUCUUCCAGGUUAAAGCUGACCCUUAAAAACCUCUAAGGUCAGUGGAUUCAUCUGUGCACCAAGCCUGACUUUGAUCACAUUACUCGAUCAUGAGAAUCUGUAGCUGGUUUCAUUCUGCACUAAGCCUAACUUUGAUCACAUUACUCGAUCAUGAGAAUCUGUAGCUGGUUUCAUUCUGCACCAAGCCUGACUUAGAUCACAUUACUCGAUCAUGAGAAUCUGUAGCUGGUUUCAUUCUGCACCAAGACUGACUUUGAUCACAUUACUCGAUCAUGAGAAUCUGUAGCUGGCUUCAUUCUGCACCAAGCCUGACUUUGAUCACAUUACUCGAUCAUGAGAAUCUGUAGCUGGUUUCAUUCUGCACCUAGACUGACUUUGAUCACAUUACUCGAUCAUGAGAAUCUGUAGCUGGUUUCAUUUUGCACCAAGCCUGACUUUGAUCACAUUACUCGAUCAUGAGAAUCUGUAGCUGGUUUCAUUCUGCACCUAGACUGACUUUGAUCACUUUACUCGAUCAUGAGAAUCUGUAGCUGGUUUCACCUUGCACCAAGACUGACUUUGAUCACUUUACUCGAUCAUGAGAAUACAUAGCUUUGUUUAUUGUGAAAUGUCACCCACUACGACCGUAUUUCAGCGUAUUUUUCAGAUUCGUAGUUUUACAGACCAAUAAAUAGUUUUGGCUUUAAAUUAUUACACUACAUAAAAUCGCGAAGGACCAGAAACUUCUACUAUGGUACUUUUAAUGUUCACUCAAAAGUAGCAACCAUUCAUAUUAACUGUAUGAUUAUUUCGUUUUCAAAGAAAAGAAAAAAGCGCAUACGAGGCCUCAACCAACUUUAUCAGAUAUUUUAAGUAUACCUCCAACCAUACUAUUGUUAGUAUACCUCCAACCAAUACUAUUGUUACCCGAGAACUUGCCGAUUUAAUCUUCCUUCUCCAAUCUGUUAACUAUAUUUUGGACACUUUACUCUUCUCACUCAUCGUAACAUUACCCAAAGACGUAUUUGUGAACCAUAUGUGUAACAUAUCCGUUAACUCUAUGCAUUAUCUAACUACUACUAAACAUAUUCAAUUUUUUUAAGAAGCAAAAUAAUCAGUUGAAGUGGUUAUUCAGCAUCAUAUUUAUUUUUCUAACAUCACCAUCCACACUCCUAUACAUCCUGGCACUUACCAGCAAACUCAAAUAACUACUACCGAAAGAUAUCGUCCAGACUGCCUGAAGUGCACACGUUUACACAUAAAAAUCUGGAUGUACAACCAUUCAAUGCACAUCAGUAUUUGUUACAUUUGUUGCACAGAUAACUGAAGUUAACUUUGAUACACUACGCAUUCCCCCCCCCCCCCACACACCUCCCAUAAGCAUCACUACAUUACUGUGCUCUGCCCUAUCGCUCAGUGGAAGGCUUAUAGCGCUAAAUCCGGAGUUCGAGCCCUGUGGUGAGCACAACACAAUAGCUCAUUGUGCAGCUUUUUACUUAACGACAAAUCAUCCCUUUCACCAGUUUCCGUACUUUUUCCUAGCGGCGUCCUCUGUUUUUACUGUACAUUUGAAUGUGUUACAAUUUUUGUUUUUCCUCAUAAUUAUUUUUUUAUUAGUUUUAUUUAUUUUGAACCAUUAGUUUGUUGCUGAAAAAAAAAGUUAAAUAAAUCUUAAAUACAGACUGCACUUUACAGUCCUGUUGAAAUGACUGAAUAACAUACAAUUUAUUCUUUAUUACUUGACGCUUACGUGUGUAACAGUCAGAGUGACUCCAAAAAACGUAGAAGUAGGAGUGUCUCAAGACUUAAGCCGUGAUUUUAAAGUAUAAGUUAACUUUUUCAUGACUUUUGAUGAAAGAAUAAUGAGAAGCUAGUGAUAGGGCUAAGGUAACACGUAGAUGAAAGGUUUAACACCUGAUUAUGUUACCAUGUCACCCCCAGUGGGUCAUCGGCAAGUUUAGAGACAAACGGUACUAAAAUGCGGAGUUCGAUUCUCCAUGUUAGACAGAGUGUAGGUAGCCCAUUGCAUAGGUAGCCCAUAAACAAAACAACUAAAGAAAGUUAUGUAAUAAAAUGACAGUGAAACUUUUGUAUUUGUACAGAGUGUAACUGUUCAAAAGUUAAGUUUAACAAUUGUAUGUGAACAUUCGAUAGAACGAUUUCUAGGCUAGAGAAGUGGGCUACUUAUUUAUAUUAUUUUAUUAGAAUUUCACUGUUUAAGCUAUGACAAAUGAAUCUUAAUAAGAUUACUGUUUUGGUUUGUUUAUUACCAUUAAACCAAAGUUCAAUGAAAAAAUAAUCAAUCUUCAUAAAAAUUAGAACAUUUUGACUUAGAAUUUGAAUGGUUUGUUGAAAGAGUAGUGUUUAUAAAGCUUGCAAAGAUUACUGUUUAGUGAAGACGAAGUUACAAAAUAACUGAAGAGUCGAAAAAUAACAAUUAUUUUCGUGAAUUGUCUGUCAAACAUAGAGUUAUCUUGACCUUUUUUAAAUGGCGGAAGAAAAAUGGUUUAAGAGUAGUGAAUUUCUACAGUAGUGCUGUAGUGUUACUGAAAUGUUUCCGAGGAAUUGGAAUGACAAGGUUCAUAAUCAAUGUUUCUAAAAUCUUAGCUCUUUAGCGUAAUAACUGCAAAAUAGUAAACAAACAUUUCGAGAUAUCUGAGCUUGUAUGGAAUUGUUUUGUACAGUUCGAAAUUUAGCUUGUAUGUACAUGUGUGUUUAUAUCUUGUGUACAGCGAUGUCAGUGAGCCUUAAAAGCUUUCUAUGUGAUAAAUAAACUUGACGAUUAUGGUUGA